UGUAAACAGGAAGUGUAAUGUUGCCAUGUGUUAGUCAGUUAGUUAGCUGAUAGUUAGUUAGGAAAAGAUGAUUGAAUACGAUAUAGGAUAGAAUAAUAUAUAAUACGUUCACGGCUUUAUCCGUGACGGGUUUUGUUUUGUCCUUACUUAAUAACAUGGGAGAAACGGAAAGAAUACGUUGAAAGAGGGAUCAAAAAUGGAAGAUAUUGAGAAAACAAAGCUUGAGGAGAUGCUGACGUGCCCAGUGUGCCAGGACAUCUUUAAAGAUCCCCGGCAGCUGUCCUGUGGACACAGCAUGUGUAUGGGCUGUCUGGAAAACUUGAUGGAUCACUCCUCAGACAUUCCCUUCCGUUGUCCAGACUGUAGGACAUAUUUUGGACCGGUCAUUGGGGUGCAGAAGAGCUACGUGCUGGCCAACAUCGUAGAGGACUUCACGGUGAACAGGAGGAGAAGGGAAGAGCAAACAAAAAGUGUGUACUGCGACUGCUGCAUGGAGAACAAAACUCUGGCCAUCAAAACGUGUCUGAAGUGUGAAGUGUCAUUAUGUAAAGAGCACGUCAAGGACCACCAGGAGCUGCCAGUGUUCACGGGACACCCCUUGGUCAGUCCUCUAGGUGACCUCCUGGAGAGGAAAUGCCCGCAGCACGAGGACGAGGUGCUGAGAUACUACUGCAACACGUCCAGGCGCUACAUCUGCAAUGUGUGCGCCCUGGAGAGCAAGCAGCACAACCUGGCCACUGAGGCCUCCUCCGUCCUGCGGAGACAGCUGACUGAGUACAUGGACCAACGCUUCGACAUGCUCAAGGAGCAAAUUGGAGAAUCCAGUAAGUCGUUAAAAAAACUGCAAGAAGACAUCCGACGUGAAAAACAGAAACACCCUGCCGUCUCGUCCUUCAACAGUGUCACAGUGGUGCUGCUCUGUCUGUGGUUCAUUGUUCUGUAUUACGCCUACAACUACUCUGUGGAAAACCAGAUGCUAACAGAAGCGCUGGACGUACAGCAGAGCCGUGUGCAUCAAAUUUAUUCCACCCUUGCAGAACUCUUGGUUGAUCAUCCACUGAAGAGCCACAAACCUCCAGAGACAGAAGAUGAAGGUACAAAAGACGAUCUGUUGAAUCAUUGGAAUGGAAAUCUCAGUUAAAGGCAACCAGAGAGAACUAUGUGUUUAUGUUGGAGUACAUCGACUAGCCUGAUGGAGAGGCUAUAAGAACAUGCAUCCUGUACUGGUAGUGUGAUGCUGACGAUGUAGAAAGACAUUGUUUUCACUACAGAGAGAUAAGCGGACAAUGAGUGUGCUUGCAGGCACAUUAAUAUCCUGGUUUUGAUCAUGUACAGGAUAUGAUGUUACCAUGGUUGUUCACAUCACUGUUAUCACUAUUCUAAUAUUAUCCAGGUCUUCUGAUUAUCUGCAUCGUUUCUGCACCAACUAAGUUGCCUUGAUUAAUAGUUGAGGAUGAACUCUGUUUGGUUUCUGGCUACCUGGACUCUGCUGCAUUUACCACUCUGGAUUUAACUUCAUCUAAUCUUCAGUAAUGGAAGAUGAGAGCAACAAUAAAAUGAUAAUUUGCAUCACU